AUGAAAGCUGUUGCAGCCCUCUCAUGCGUGGCCGUUGCCAACGCAUUUAUCCUUCCCGAUCCUAAGAUCUUCGAGCAAGCGGCCAUCAAGAACGAUGACCACGCUAAUCGAGGUUCCUGGUGGGACCGCGUCCCCUCCAAGGACUCCAUCGUGAGCACUGUGGAAGAUGGCAUCGAUUCCUUGUCCGCACACAUUGAGGGUGCACUACACUCAUUCGAAGAGACAGUCGAGAACAAAUUCGACCACCUUUUCGAGGAGGAGAUUUUUAAUGAACCCAAGGUUUCCGAUAAAACUAUAUACGAGCUCAUUUCGAAGAGCGAGCACACGACCGAGUUUGCCAAGCUCGUCAACGAAUAUGAGGACAUUGUCAAUGUUUUGAAGAGCACAGAGGCGAAUCACACACUUUUCGUGCCGACGAACCGCGCCUUCGAGCAUCUGCCCAAGCACAAGAAGCCGAGCAAGGAGGUUAUUGAAGCCAUCUUGAAGUACCACGUUGGUAUUGGUGACUACGAUGCGAAGAGGGUCCUUCGUACCCACACUCUCCCCACGCUGCUCAAUGAGAAGUUCCUCGGCGACAAGCCCCAGCGUCUUCGCACCAGCGUCGGCCUCGGUGGCGUGCGCAUCAACUUUUACGCCAAGGUCGUUGCCGUCAACAUUCGCGCCAAGAAUGGAAUUAUUCACGCUGUCAAUAGCCUGAUCAUCCCGCCACCCAUGGUCGGCCGAGAGCUCACCCUUCUCCCCAGUCAAUUCUCCACGCUGUUGCUCGCAUACGAGAAGACCGACUUCGUCAAGUAUAUUCACGGCAUCAAGUCCACCGGCACCACCGUUUUCGCCCCUUCCAACAACGCUUUCGCUCGCCUUGGACCCAAGGCGAAUGCGUUCCUGUUCAACACCGACCUCGGUCUCAAGUACCUUAGAGCAUUGCUCAAGUACCAGAUCGUCGGCAAUGCGACUCUAUAUAGCGACGCGCUGUACCGCCCCGAUGACAAGAAGGAUGUCAACACCAUGGAGCACUACCACGUUGAUCUUCCCACUUUGCUGGGCAAGAACAUCGCCGUCGAUGUCGCCACCUGGGGCGGCUGGACCAAGGUCAAGCUUAACGGCUACAUCCCUAUUGUCGUCGCCGAUGGAAUUGCCAAGAACGGUGUCAUUCACGUCCCCGGCCGCGUCCCCAUUCCUCCCCACAAGCACAAGGUCGAUUACGUCGACGGCGAGAUUGAAGUCGAGGACUUGAAGGAGAGACUCUCCGAGUACGUCGAUGAGAAGGAGAAUGAUACUAAUUGGUUUGGCGAGGAAUUGUAA